AUGAUGCUUUACUUGAUCUAUCUGUUUCUCGCCAUGCUUGCCCUUGUCGUCGCCAAGGUCCAUCAUCCGCCACCCCCACCCUUACCCUGCGGCAAGUCCAAAACCUGUGAGCAUUGUUGCGGGAAGCAUGUUGCCUGCCUCCAGUGCAAGACGGAUUGCGACCUUCCUUGGUGUGACGAGAAGAACUGGGGAAUGCAAGCCGACACCGCAGAUGCAUCAGUUCCCGGAACAGGCUCGAACAUCACGGAGGCCCUCAACAACACUGCGGAAGACUCUCAUGAGGGAUAG